GUAAGUGAAAAUAAUUUAUUCAAUCUUGUAAGUUAUUUAUACGACUGCAUCGAGAACAUACUUUCUUUAAUUUGUUCUGUGUACAAAAUCAAAUUUUCGCCGUUAUUUUUCUAUCUGACUGACGCUUGAAUUUUCCUGGCUUUCCCGCCAUUUUGUUUUGUCUCACUAUUUCUAUAGCGGAGACUUUACGAAAAAAUUACAAUUUGCUUACAAUAUUCACUUAUUGAUGCAAAUUUUAAUUCUUUUUAUCAUUGAAAGGACACUGUUCUUUUGCUACUAAUCUAUUUGUUUUGCUUGUUGUUUUUUGUGACUGAUUACAGAACUUCGUCCAAAGUCAGCGUGUUAAGGUUUUCCCUCCGUUUGUGACCUGCGUCUUCCCUCAGCCAUCAUCAGCCUUGUGACCAGUCUUACACCUCCAAUAAUUUCCACUUUUCCCUGUCUGACAUGAUUCGGAUUCGCAAGUGCGUCGUAGAUGGCUGCAAAUCUGAUGUGGGAUCUAAAACCUCCCGGUGGCCGCAUGACCCUCGAGUUUCAGAUGUUUGGUUGGACACUCUCAAACCAUAUUGUUCCGGGUUGAUGGGCCUACCUAGAUAUCGUCUCAGGGAAAAAGUUGUGUGUUUGAAGCAUUUUGAACCCAAAAGUUUCACAAGAGGAAGGAGGCACUACAUGGCUGUACCAUCUUUAUUUACAGCUGAGGAAAUUUCAUCUGGCAAGCCAAAAUAUGAAAAUUUCCACUCCAUGCAUGCUAAAUGGGAUCACGAUUAUGCAAAGAAAAUACCUCUCAAUGCACCUCUGGAAACUACCAAAAGACAUCUGUCAGGAUCAGAACUGGAAGACAUUAUAAAAGUGUUAAAUACAGUGAACCUUGAGCAUUCAUAUGCACUGCCACCCAAUAAAAAAAAGAAGUUUAAUACUGAUGGUAACGACACUAAUGGCUCGUGUGGUUCUAACUCGCAGAGAGAGUUAGAUAAUUUUAACAUAUCCGCAGCAACAGACAUUUCAGGAACCAUUCCUGAUGAUAUUACGACCGCAGAAUGUACUGUUCGUAUUCCGGAAGUCAUAUCUCCUAGCUGUUCAAGAAGGUCCAAUGUGACAUUAGAAACCAAGACGGCAAGGAAAAGACUUAUAAAAAGUGUACAACAAUUAACCCCCAGAUGCAAGAAAAUGUACCAAAAAUGCUCGACUAUACUGAAAUCCCGUCGCCGUAUAGUUCAGUCAUACCAGGAGCGAAUAGAAAAAGCUGAAAAACUAAAUCAGAACAAAUCUUUUUCUGAGCUUGUAGAGAAACUGACUCCUCAAGCCAAGACAUUCCUUAAAAUGCAGGUCACGCUCGCCAAUAAACACAUAAAAAGACGGAGGUUCACAACUGAACAGAAACUCUUGGCUCUAUCACUCCAAAAGCAAAGUCCGAAAGGAUAUAAAUUGCUGCACAAGAUAUUUAUCUUGCCUAGCAGGCGAACUCUAAGAAAAUUUACUCAUCAUAUUUCUCUUGCACCGGGAAUAAAUGAAAACAUAUUUACACAACUAAAGGAGUCAGUUCGGAAUUGGGAUGACAAAAAAAAGUGCUGUUCCAUUGUGUUUGAUGAAGUGGCGUUGACACCUCAUUUGACAUUCUUAGAAUCUGAAGAUCGCAUUGACGGUUUUGUGAAUUUUGGUGCCGAAGUGGAAAGGAAACUAUGCGAUCAUGCCCUUGUUUUUAUGGUUCGAGGUAUAUGCACUUCAUGGAGACAGCCCAUAGCUUAUUAUUUAUGUGAAGGAACAACUCCAACUAUUAAGUUGAAAAACAUUUUAAAGGAAGUAGUAACUGCUGUCUCUCAAACGGGACUUCUUCCAAAAGCGCUAGUAUGCGACCAAGGGUCGACGUUUCAAUCCUGCAUGAACAGUAUGCGAGCAGAUACUCGCAGAUGUCAAUUGCUCCGUAAUGAUCCCCCAAAUAACAAAGUGGAGAUUGAUGGUCAUGCGCUGAACAUAAUUUUCGACCCUCCGCACCUCAUUAAAGGGAUACGGAAUAACUUUUGAAACAAAGAUAUGAUGUUUAAAGGAAAUAUAGCUAGAUGGAGUGACAUUGUCGAAGUGUACAAAAAUGACUGCCACGUAGGAGAAAUUAGAAUGCUUCAUAAAUUAACAGAUGAACAUGUCAUCCCAGAUAAAAUAAGGAAAAUGAAAGUUAAAAACUGUACACAAGUCCUCAGCGAGCGAACCGCUGCAAUGCUUUUGUUUACAUCCAAUUAUGGCACGCAUGCAGAUGGUUCGUUGGUUAGUUCAACCAUGAAGAAUACUGCGGAAGCAGUCCUAUUUUUUGAUCGAGUAUUUGACAGCGUGAACGGGUCCCGUGGUGGCUCGGCUCCCGGCAAGAUGCGAGGACCGGUUAA